AUGAAGCGCGAAAGCUCGGGCAAAUAUUAUUGCUACGUAUUCAACAAUGUUGGACACACCCAGGCUGAAUUAGAAGUUACAGUUUUGCGGAAACCAAGGGUUCAUGUCCACAGAACUAUUAUCAAUUCAGACAUCAAUGUUGAAGCCGUUCUCCAAUGCUCUAUACACGAUGAACCUGCCGCUCACAUCCGCUGGUACAAAGAUGGAAAGUCAAUCGCUGAGACUUCGAACCAAUACAUCAUCAGCACCCAAGGCCAGCACUCCAACCUAACUGUCAUUCCUACAUCUGAUGUCGACUUUGGGACAUUCACGUGCGAGGCUGAAAACCAAAAUGGCAAACACAACAGGUCUAUCGACUUGGUACAAAGUCCAGUUGUUGAGGGAUUCAGCAACGAGGGACCCAGGCUCAGUUGGACUAUCCACUCUCAUCAGCCUCUGGAGGAGAUUGAACUGCAAUUGAGGGAUAUGAAUGGGGAAGGAGAAUGGAGGACAGUCAGCAUACCUCUCCCUGAAGCUAGACAUCACGAAUAUGAAAUGAUCUAUUCCCUCGAGGAUGCUGACAUAGACGCGGGGAAAUAUGAAGCUACCCUCAAAGUGAAAAAUAAUAAGAACUGGAGCGAACACACUAAUCCCGCAAUUGUUGAUAUUGAAGCGCAAGCGCAAUACAUCCGACCAGCUUCAGUAUACCUUCCUGGAAGCGGAAACUCCAUUCGACCGACACUAGUUCUGCUCCCCCUAAUCUACUUAUUGCGGCUCUAA